GCUUAACGUCACAGUCUUUACAUGGUUUUACAAUUUUAUAUCGAGAAUAAUUUUAAAGAAAUAACAAAACAUGGAAUCUUCCAUGCCAACGUUAACGCCGAGGCUGUUUUUGGGCUUGAAACCCAACGUUAAUGGUAGCGCUCAAUUUUUAUCCGAUGAUUAUGUUGUGUAUCCAGUCGGAUCAGUCGUCGCAGUUCAUAAUAUUAAUGAGAAGAAACAGAAGUUUAUUAGAUUGGCUGACAGGGGGAAGAAUUUAACGCAUGUUCUGGUCAGCCCCAACAAAAAACUAAUAGCUGUAGCCGAGUCAGCAACAGAUCGGCUACCGUUGAUAACCCUGUGGGACCCCUCCACUCUCAAAAGAAAACGAAGCUUUCAGCUGCCCACAGAUAGAGAUAUCGUCGCCACGCAUUACGUCGCCAUGUGUUUCACUUUUGACACAAGAAACUUAAUUUGCGUUACUGGCGAACCCGACUGGCAGCUGUACUGUUUUAAGGUUGACAACGGCAAAUUGCUGUCGUCCGGGAGAGCCAUCAAUAUAACUGGUACUGGAAUUGUUAAACAGAUUGCUUGCAACCCUAACGACAACAAUAUGUGCGUCGUAGUUGGGGACUUGCUUUUCAAAAUUCUUGCCUAUGAGACCCAAUGGAAGCAGAUGGGUUGGAAUAAAGCAGAAAGUACCAAAUUCACUUCGGUAUGUUGGUUGUCGCAGGAUAGGCUACUAGCGGGAAGCAGCGAAGGCAAAAUUUGGAUUUUCGAACAUAGUGAUCUGAAACACGUCUUCAUGCCAACUUCAGAUGAAAUAAUCGACUUAAAAGCUAUGGAAGAGGCUGCCGGAUCAACUACCAGUCUUGCCAUGCCCACUAUGGAAGAGCAAAUGGACGAUGAAAACUAUGAAAUAAAAGAGAUUACAAAUUUAUCCAAGGGCUUCGCGUUUGGAUUUACCUCUGGAAAGGUGUAUUUGUACGAGAAGGAGUCGCAAACCAAGUUUAGAAAAAGAAAUGUUUUCACUAUACCAGACUUCACCCCAAAUAGAGAUAGUGAAGAAGAUGAAGACCAGGUUAGGGAAGCUAGAAAUGUUGUAAGCUGCAUAAGCACAAAUCCUAUUCAGGAUAGGCUUUUGGUUGUCACUGAUCAACAGCAAAUUUUUACUGUCAAGUUGUGGCAAGCCGACAUAACACAAGCCCCAGAAAUCGUGCUACAAGAAUAUGGGGCUUUUCUUCACAAUGGACCAAUUGGUGGGAUUUCUGUUUGCAGUUGGAAAACUAUUUUUCUAACGUCAGGUUUGACUGACAGAACCUUAAGAAUAUGGAACUACGAAACCGAAGAGCUCGAACUCAUGCAACGUUACAACGACGACAUCUCCUCUGUUUCGUUGCAUCCCACAGGUCUUUACGCUGUGGUGGGCUUCACGGACAAGCUCCGCUAUUUCAACAUAAUGAUCGAUGACUUCAUGAUGACCAAGGAGUUCCCGAUCAGAAACUGCAAAAUGGUUCAGUUCAGUAAGAUGGGUCACGUUUUUGCUGCUACGAAUGUCAGUAUCAUACAAGUUUACUCGAGCGUUUCCUUUAAUUUGCUGUUCACUUACAAAGGACACAACGGAAGAAUCAAAGGUUUAUCAUGGGCGGCCGAAGAUAGAAUACUGGGCUCCUGCGGCACAGAGGGCGCUGUAUACGAGUGGGACGUGGGGAAUUCGAUGCGGAUAAAUGAGGUUAUAAUAAAAUCGAAUUCAUUUUACGACUGCGCCAUGACUUCCAACGGAAAAUCAACAUACGCCGUAGGUAAUGAUGGACGAUUGAGAGAAUUGGUGGCAUCGAAUAUUACCCGAGAUGUCGCUAUAUCAUCAGACAGCUUAGAUUGCGUGGUGCUCUCUCAACUAGAUUCAAUGAUUUUUGUCGCUUCUGGUGGAAGCGUUUUCACAGUUAAAACGCCCAUUUUAGAUAAAGCUGAAUCAAUAGAAUACGUAAUGCAUUCUGAAAAAAUAACACAGAUGGCAAUAUCUUUCGACGACCGUUGGCUAAUUACUGGCUCAGACGACGGGAGCUUGUGCUUCUGGAAGGUCAGCUCCGUAGAAGGAAAAACCGUCAAGCUGGACCCUGACUUUCAACCGUCGAAAGAGAUUUUGAUAUCGAAGCACAAUCUCGAGGAAAAAAUCAACAUGAUCAGGGAGCUUCAGUUGAGGUUGAAGGAGUCCGAGACGGAGCACGCGUAUCAGAUGCGACAAAGUGACGCCAUACAUGCCUUAAAAAUGAAGGAUGUGCACACUUCCUAUUGUGGAGCGAUCGAGGAUUUAAAGGAAAAAAAUGAUAAAAUGGACAGCACCCAUACGAACGUUCUCAACAAAAUUCACGAAGAAAUAGCUGCGAUGGAGAUUUGUCACGACGAAUACGUGAUGAAGUUGGAGGCAAACUAUAACGAAAAACUUAUCGUGGAAUAUGAUAAAUACGUACAACUUGAGGAGAGAUUGAGCAAGGUUAGAAAAGACUUUCAACAAGAGCUCGAGGAUUUGGAUCAGGCAAAAAAAGAUUCCGAAGAUACUAUUACUGCGGAUUUUUUGGAAAAGUUGAAGGACAAGGAAAUGCAGUAUGAUGAGCUUACAGAAGAAAGUGCCAAUAAGGACAGAGAACACGAGCUGAUAAAGCAGCAAAUAGAGGAUGAUGCCGAUACGGAAAUAUACGAUUUAAGAGUAAAGCACGAAACCCAACUUAAAGAAGAACGCGAUUUGAACGUAAAACUAAAAGGCGAAGCCUCGCAGGCAAAAAAAAAACUCCUGGCGGCCCAAAAAGAAAAUGACGACAUCAAUCACAACUUGUUCAACGUCGAAAAUGAGCUGAAGAAGUUUAAAAAUAGCGUGAUGGUUUUGGAGCGAGAAAUCGCGGAUUUGAAGAAGGAAAUAGCGGAGAGAGACCAAACUAUAGAGGGAAAGGAGAGGAGAAUAUUCCAGUUGAAAAGCAAAAACCAGGAGUUGGAAAAAUUUAAGUUCAUUUUGGACUUCAAGAUCAAAGAACUUAAAUCGCAAAUCGAGCCGAGAGAGAGGACGAUUAUGGAGCAGGCGGAGCAAAUCAACGAGAUGGUUUACGAGUUGGAGAAACUGCAGAGAGUCAUCUUGCAUUUGGAUUUGAUUAUUUCCGAUUUGAAGGAAAAAUUGUCUGCUGCCAAUAACGAGUGCGCCAAAGAGGUGGUCAAAAAUCAGAAGAUGAAGGAGGCCAUCAAGAAGAUGAGGGUUGAUAUCCACAAUGCCAGCGGCAUGAUACAGAAUAUCCCUCUUUUAAUCAAGACCAUUAAGGAAAUGUACCACAAGUACAACCCAGACGUCGAUUUUACAGUGACGCAAGCCGAAGACACAGACGUCAAGAACGAGUUUAUGAGGCAACGCGAGUUCCUCGAGAGAACCUCAAACAAGCUUCAGAAACAGGCCAUCAAAAACACCAGCCUGCUCAGCUCGGACAAGGUGCGCCUUGUGGGCGAGAACGUCCAGCUUCUGCACGAAGCCAACGAUCUGCGGAAGGGCCUGAAACUGGAGCUCAAAGCCAACAACAAGAUGAAGUCGCUGCUCGGGCUUCACAAGUACAUGUUGCCGUCGCAAGCGCAGAAGAAGAUGGAGAUGGCAACAGCAACCCGAGAGGAGAUACACGCGAUGUACCAGGAGAAACUAGUGAAGAAUGAGAUCUCGAUGAAGGCUUUGAUUGAUGAGAAAGCGCGAUUGAUGAAGAAACUCACUGCCGAUGAAACUAAAAUUGUUAUCGAGGAGAAGCCUGUUAACGUUUAUAAUGAUACAUAAUAAAUUUUUUAAAGUAUUUUGGUCUUUUUAUAUUUUUAAUAACGGGAAUGAAAAAAUGACGAAAAUUAAAGAAUGAAAAAAUUAAGAGGAUGAAAGAAUGACGAGGAUUAAAAAAUGACGAAAAUGAAAGAAUGAAAACAUGAAGAGAAUGAAAGUAUGACGAGAAUAAAAGAAUGACGAGAAUAAAGAAGACGAGAAUGAAAAAAUGAAGAGAAUUAAAAAACGAAAUAAUAAAAAAAUUAAGAGAAUGAAAGAAUGACACGAAUAAAAAAGACGAGAAUGAAAAAAUUAAGCGAAUUAAAAAAUUACGAAAAUGAAAGAAUGACGAGAAUAAAGUAAUGACGAGAAUGAAAAAAUGAAGAAAAUGAAAGAAUUACCAGAAUAAAGUAAGGACUAGAAUGAAAGAAUGACGAGACUGAAAAAAUUACGAAAAUGAUAUAAUGAAAACAUGAAGAGAAUGAAAGUAUGACGAGAAUAAAAGAAUGACGAGAAAAGAAUUACGAGAAUAAAAAAGACGAGAAUGAAAAAAUAAAGAUAAUUAAAAAAUUAGGAAAAUGAAAGAUUGACGAAAAUAUAAAAAGAAUGACGAGAAUAAAAAAACGAGGAUGAGGAGAAUUAAAAAAAGAAAUAAGGAAGGGAAUGAAAAAAUGACGAAAUUGAAAGAAUGACGAGAAUGAAAAAAUGAUAAAAUUAAAAGAAUGAAAAAAGAGAAUUAAAAAAUGACAAAAAUGAAAGAAUGACGAGAAUAAAGAAAUUACGAGAAUGUAAAAAGGAAAGAAUGACG